AGCCAGCACCUCAUCGCGCCGCCAUGCACAAAGUCAUGGCUUCUGUCCGUAAAUCACCCUCCAACGAAGGCUUCCACCAUCUAGGCAUCGAUGGCGUGCUCAGAUCAUUCAACUCGAAACGAGAAGUCGUGGACUACAAUCAACUCAGUCCUGGAGAGGUCGAUGAUGUGGUUAGAGGUUACAAGGGCUUGAUUGAUAAUAAGAAAUUUGCAGAGUUGGAGCAGAAGUUCAGGGGUGUUGAUGGUAGAAAAGUUACGAAUGAGGAGGAUCUGUUGCAUCUGGGACCUGGUGUAAGACCUCAGACUCCACAAGCCUAGACUACACCACCUCCGACUCCACGGCCCCAGAAUCCACAACCCUCUCCAUGACAAUUGCAUAGAACCGAUCUGGAGGUUCAUAGAGUGGU